AUGGCUAGCGAGGAGACGCCUGGUGCUGGGCGACCAACCGGGCAAGGUGAUGGAGCUGCGGCGGUGUCGCUCAACCCUGGGAUCCCAAUCCGAGGAAUCAAAAUGAAAUUCGCUGUCCUAGCCGGCCUGGUGGAAGUUGGGGAAGUUUCCAACCGGGACAUUGUGGAGACCGUCUUCAACCUGUUGGUGGGGGGCCAGUUUGACCUGGACAUGAACUUCAUUAUCCAGGAGCAGGACAGCAUUGUGUGCAUGGUGGAGCUGCUGGACAAGUGUGAGCCCACGUGCCAGGCGGAGGUGUGGAGCAUCUUCACGGCUAUCCUGAAGAAGAGUGUGAGGAACCUGCAGGCCUGCACCGACACGGCCCUCAUUAACCUGGUCCUGGACCGCAUGGCCCACACUGACAGCAUGAUCGCAGACCUGAUGGUGGACAUGCUAGGAGUGCUGGCCAGCUACAGCAUCACAGUCAAGGAGCUGAAGUUGUUCUUCAGCAAACUGCAAGGAGAGAAAGGCCAAUGGCCUCCCCAUGCGGUGAAGCUGCUGUCUGUCCUGAGGAGCAUGGCCCACCGGAACGGACCUGACUCUUUCUUCAGCUUCCCAGGGAAGAGUGCUGCUGCUAUAGCUCUGCCCCCUAUAGCCAAAUGGCCGUACCAGAGUGGGUUCACCUUCCACACGUGGCUCCGCAUGGAUCCAAUCAACAACAUCAAUGUUGACACGGACACGCCUUACCUGUACUGUUUUCGCACCAACAAAGGUCUGGGAUACUCUGCACACUUUGUGGGCGGCUGUUUGAUUGUGACCUCGUUAAAGUCCAAGGGGAAGGGAUUCGAGCACUGGGUGAAAUAUGACUUCAAACCACAGAAGUGGUACAUGGUGACCAUCGUUCACGUCUACAACCGCUGGAAGAACAGUGAGAUCAGCUGCUACGUCAAUGGCGAGCUCGCCUCCUACGGAGAUAUCACCUGGUUCGUCAACACCAGCGACACUUUCGACAAGUGUUUCCUGGGUUCGUCAGAGACGGCGAACGCCAACCGUGUGUUCUGUGGUCAGAUGGGGGCGGUGUAUCUGUUUGGCGAGGCCCUCAGUGCAGCCCAGAUCCUGGCCAUCUACCAGCUGGGGCCUGGUUACAAGGGCACGUUCAAGUACAAGGCUGAGAGUGACCUCCUGUUUGCUGAGCACCACAAGACCCUACUGUACGACGGCAAGCUGUCCUCCUGCAUCUCCUUCUCCUACAACCCCCGCGCCACCGACGCUCAGCUGUGCCUGGAGUCCUCCCCCAAGGACAACGCCUCCAUCUUCGUCCACUCGCCACACGCACUCAUGCUGCAGGAUGUGAAGGCUGUGGUGACCCACUCGGUCCAGAGUGCCAUCCACUCCAUCGGGGGAGUGCAGGUCCUCUUCCCCCUGUUUGCACAGCUGGAUCACCUCCAGCACACCAGCGAUGAACUGGACACCUCUGUCUGUUGCACUUUGCUAUCCUUUGUGAUGGAGCUGCUGAAGAACUCUGUGGCUAUGCAAGAGCAGGUCCUGGCCUGCAAGGGCUUCCUGGUCAUCGGUUACACCCUGGAGAAGUCUUCCAAGGUGCAUGUGACUCGGCCCGUGCUGGACAUCGUGCUGGCCUUCGCCCGUUACCUCAGCAACCUGCAGAACGGCGUCCUGCUGCUCAAGCAGCUGUGUGACCACAUCCUGUUCAACCCUGCCAUCUGGAUUCAUGCCCCUGCCAAGGUGCAGUUGGUGUUGUACACUUACCUGUCAACCGAGUUCAUCAGCACGGUGACCAUCUACAACGCCAUCCGCAGGGUGGGCACGGUACUGCAGGUCAUGCACACGCUCAAGUACUACUACUGGGUCGUCAACCCCCAGGACCGCAGCGGAGUCACGCCCAAGGGCCUCGACGGUCUGAGACCAAAUCAGAAGGAGAUCCACUCUAUCAGAGCUUUUCUGCUGCUGUUUGUGAAACAACUCAUAAUGAAGGAUUACGGAGUGAAGGAAGACGAGCUUCAGAGUAUUCUCAACUACCUGCUCACCAUGCAUGAGGACGAUAAUCUAAUGGAUGUGCUUCAGCUGCUGGUGGCUCUGAUGUCGGAGCAUCACGGCUCCAUGGUGCAGGCCUUUGAUCAGCGCAACGGAGUUCGGGCCAUUUACAAGCUGCUGGCUUCCAAAAGUGAAGGAAUCAGAGUUCAGGCACUCAAAGUCUUGGGCUACUUCCUCAAACACUUGCCCGCUAAGAGGAAGUCAGAGGUCAUGCUGGGUCACGGCCUCUUCUCCCUGCUCAACGAGCGACUGAUGCUCCACUCCAACCAGUUCAGCAUGACAACCUACAACGUGCUCUUCGAGAUCCUGACCGAGCAGAUCUGCACUCAAGUGAUCCAUAAACAGCAUCUGGACCCCGACUCCAAUGUGAAGAUUGUCAACCCGCAGGUCCUGAAGGUGAUCGCUGCCCUGCUGAAGAACUCUCCCCUCUCCCCAGAGAGCAUGGAGGUGCGCAGGGUCUUCCUGUCAGACAUGAUCAAACUGUUCAAUAACAGCAAAGAUAACAGGAGGAGCCUGCUGCAGUGCUCGGUGUGGCAGGAUUGGAUGCUCUCUCUGUGCUUCAUCAACCCCAAGAGCAGCGAGGAGCAGAAGGUCACUGAGAUGGUGUACGCCAUCUUCCGCAUCCUGCUCUACCACGCCAUCAAGUACGAGUGGGGUGGCUGGCGCGUGUGGGUGGACACCUUGUCCAUCACCCACUCCAAGGUGACCUUUGAGCAGCACAAGGAGAACCUGGCCCGUAUGUUCCGUCAGUACCAGAGACUGGGCUCCGAGGGCGAUGCGGCUGGUAUCCGAACCAUUUCCGGGGCCAGCCGGGACUCUGAGAUUCUGGGCCAGCUCCGGACCAACAGGGAUCAGGGGGAGGAGACUGCCCCCUCCACCGUGAUCGAGCUCACCAUUGACCCAGAGGGGGUCCCCCAGAACCAGGAGUCUCCCAACACUACCCCUCCCUCAGCAACCUCAACAGCAUCUGCCUCCACCCCCAGCCCUCCAGAGAGAGAAGGAGAUAGAAGUCAGAGGGGUCAAGCACCCAUAACGGUGUCCAACAUGCUGGCCAGAGCUGAAGAAGAGGAUAAUGAGGAACUACAGCAGGUCCAGAAUCAGAUCUCUGAGGAUCAGAGAGGAGGUGCUGGUGACAGAGCUGAAGCUACUACAUGGGAGACUGAAGCUAAACUUACUGAGGAUAAAGUCAGCAGUAAGACCGUUGAGGCCAUGGCUGAGACUGAGACCGCCACAGACAAGACUGAUGAUGCUGUAGCAGCUAGCACAGCUGAAACAGGCGAAGCGACCAAGCCAGAAACUGAUGACGCGAAGGUGGCUAAAACGGAAACAAGCGACGAUGCUAAAACAUCUGAUACCGACAAAGUAGUAAGACCUCAAACGGAUGGAGAGAAGGGGUCAGAAAAGCACAGCUACAAAGCCGCCAACGUUCUUAUGUCUGAAGAUUCCCUGAACGAACCCAAGGAACCGGAACUGGCAAAGCAACCGGAGGAACAGGUCUCUGCUGUGAUCUCGGCCUGCCAGAAGGGCAGCGUGGCGGAGGGGUCAGCAGUCGGGGCAUCUGUCCAGUCAGUCAGUGACCAGGUCCGACCCAGCUCCACCGACGACAGCAUGGAGGAAUCCUCUUUUGUCUCCGCCGCUGGUGGAGAGGAGGUGAAGACAGAGGAGGUGAAGACAGAGGAUGUUGUAGUUGAGGAGGAGAAGAUGGAAGAGGUUAAAGCAGAGGAGAUCAAGACAGAGGAGGUUAAAACUGAAAAGAAGAAGGAAGAGGAGAGUGUUGCCGAGGUCACAAAGUCAGCAGUGGAAAGUCAAGAGACACCACCUGCUUCUGUACCUGAGGAGAGUCAGACACAACCCCCUAAAAUGGAGGAGAUUGACCUAGGCCCGUCUGCGCCAGGCACCGUCCCCACCAGCACAGAGCCAGCACAGCAGCCUUUAGAGUCCACAACAUCGCCCCCUACAGCCCUGGAGGCCAUACUACCACCAACAGCAGUAGGGGCCACUGUCUCUAAAUCUGACACCUCACAGGCUGUAGCACCAGCAGAGGCCCCCAGCACCAAGGCGGUCCAGCCAGAAGCCCCACAGGCCUCAGGUGCCACAGAGGCCCCCAGCACCAGGACUGAUACCUCUCCGAAGGUAGCCACUGCUACUGCUGUGGAGGCAGGGAAAGACAGUGCAGCAGAGGGCCCUGGCUCUGCCACCAAGACCAAAGAGAUCCACAUUGCCAGGCUGGAUGUGUCCAGUGUGGCCUCAGACACAGAGAGACUGGAGCUAAAGGAGACCUCCACACCUGAAGUUCCUCAGGGCGACACGGCUGCAGCCGGUGCCUCAGGAGGCCAGGCCAGCGAGAGCAGCUCCUCCGCUCGCUCCACCAUGUUCCGUAUUCCAGAGUUCCGUUGGUCUCACAUGCACCAGCGCCUGCUCACAGACCUGCUCUUCUCCAUCGAGACUGACGUGCAGAUGUGGAGGAGUCACUCCACUAAGACGGUGAUGGACUUUGUGAACAGCAGUGAGAAUGUGGUCUUUGUCCACAACACAGUACACCUCAUCUCUCAGGUGGUGGACAACCUCAUCAUGGCCUGUGGAGGCAUCCUGCCCCUGCUUUCUGCUGCCACAUCCUCCUCGCAUGAUCUGGAGAACAUUGAGCCGUCCCAGGGUCUGUCGGUGGAGGCGUCGGUCACCUUCUUGCAGCGCCUCAUCAACCUGGUGGAUGUUCUGAUCUUCGCCUCCUCCCUCAACUUCACCGAGAUCGAGGCUGAGAAGAACAUGUCCUCUGGCGGUAUCCUCAGACAGAGCCUUCGCCUGGUGUGUGCCAUGGCUGUGAGGAACUGUCUGGAAUGUCAGCAGCAGUCUCACUUCAAGCCCAGCCAGGACAACGCCCGCGGCCAGCAAGCCGUGCACAGCCUCAUGGGAGCCGCCAAGUCCAUGCCCGCGCAGAGCCCUGUUGCUGUUGUGACAGGAGGGAUGUCUCCCAUCAGAGACAUGGACUGUCUCCUUCAGGAAAUGGACAUCAACCGCCUCAGAGCCGUGGUCUUCAGAGAUAUCGAGGACAGUAAGCAGGCUCAGUUCUUGGCCCUGGCCGUGGUUUACUUCAUCUCUGUUCUCAUGGUGUCCAAGUACCGAGACAUCCUGGAGCCCCAAAACGACAAGAAACUCCCCCAGCGCAGCCAGUCUGCCAGGAGCGCAGACAGUAAUGCCGUCUCUGGCGGUCCCGACCUGGAGAGCAGUGUGUCCCUCCGUCGCCGAGACUCUGGCAUCGGGGAAGACCAUAGCUCCGUGGCCCCCAGCGAGGCAGACUCCAAUGCCCAGGGGCCCGACGCCGUGUCUGAGGCCCUGUCCACCCUUUCCUCAGAGGUCAGGGGUCACAGAGAGAACCCCACAGCGGACGCCAGGGGCGGGAAGAACGUGAAGGACAUCCUGCGCAGCCUGGUCUCGGCGCCUGCUGAUGACAUCAUGGGUGACCCCAGCCUUCUGCCGCCGGCCUUCCUGGGAGCUGCUAUGGGAAACAACCCCAACCAGUUCAGAUCCUUUGACAGAAGCGUUCGGGUGGCGCCCAAGAAGGUGGGCGGGGCUCCGUCCCCAGGCUCCUCCACUCCUGUCCCAUCAGCCACCGCUGCUCUGGCGGCCGCCGGGACACCAGUCAACAACGUUGCCGUGGUUUCCACGGGCGAUGCCUCCCAGAGCACCACCGCUGAGGCUGCAGCCGGAUCAGCCAGUGCCAACCUGCCAUCUGUCCCCACGCUGUCCCCAAUGACCCGGGACACAGCCCCCAGUAUGAGUAUCUCAGAGAGGCUGGAGCAUGCUCUGGAGAAGGCUGCCCCCCUACUGAGAGAGAUCUUUGUGGACUUUGCCCCCUUCCUCUCUCGCACCCUGCUGGGUAGUCACGGACAGGAGCUCCUCAUCGAGGGCACCAGUCUGGUGUGUAUGAAGUCCAGCAGUUCGGUGGUAGAGCUGGUCAUGCUGCUCUGUUCUCAGGAGUGGCAGAACUCAAUCCAGAAGAACGCAGGCUUGGCCUUCAUCGAGCUGGUCAACGAGGGCAGGCUACUGAGCCACACCAUGAAGGACCACCUGGUGCGGGUGGCCAAUGAGGCUGAGUUCAUCCUGAGCCGACAGAGAGCCGAGGACAUCCACAAACACGCUGAGUUUGAGUCCCACUGUGCCCAGUACUCGGCUGAGAAGCGUGAUGAGGAGAAGAUGUGCGACCACCUGAUCCGAGCGGCCAAGUACCGCGACCACGUGACAGCCACCCAGCUCAUCCAGAAGAUAGUCAACAUCCUGACGGACAAACACGGUGCCUGGGGAAGCUCUGCCUUCAGCCGUCCUCGGGAGUUCUGGCGCCUCGACUACUGGGAGGACGACUUGAGGCGGCGCCGGCGCUUCGUCAGGAACCCCUUCGGAUCCACUCACUCAAAGGCCACGCUCAAAGCUGCAGCCGAACACGUGGUGCCUGGCAUUAAUGCUCCGGAGGAAGAUAUCCUCAAAGGCAAACAGUCCAUCAGAAGUCACGCGAUGGGAAAUCAGAACUCUGAGAGUGAGAUAUUGUUGGAUGGCGACGAUGACACUCUAUCAUCCUUGGAGGAGAAGGAAUUGGAGAACCUAACAGGCCCUGUAAACAUGAGCACUAGCGCACAGCUGGUCGCCCCGGCGGUGGUGGUGAAAGGAACGCUGUCCAUCACCGCGUCUGAACUCUACUUCGAAGUGGAUGAAGAAGAGGCCAGCUUUAAGACGAUCGAUCCAAAGAUCCUAACCUACACAGAGGGCCUCCAUGGUAAAUGGCUGUUCACAGAGAUCAGGGCUGUCUUCUCCAGACGUUACUUGCUACAGAACACUGCUCUGGAGAUUUUCAUGGCCAACCGAACUGCGGUCAUGUUCAACUUCCCAGAUGCAGGCACGGUCAAGAAGGUAGUCCAAUGCCUCCCUCGCGUGGGGGUGGGCACCAACUUUGGCCUCCCACAGACCAGGCGUAUCUCCCAGGCCAGUCCCAAGCAGCUCUACAAGGCCUCCAACAUGACCCAGCGCUGGCAGCGCAGAGAGAUCUCCAACUUUGAGUACCUGAUCUUCCUCAACACCAUCUCUGGCCGUACGUACAACGACCUGAAUCAGUACCCCGUCUUCCCCUGGGUCAUCACGAACUACGACACUGAAGACCUGGACCUCACUCUGCCCAGCAACUACAGAGACCUGUCCAAGCCCGUUGGUGCCCUGAACCCCAAGAGGGCGGCGUUCUUCAACGACCGCUAUGAAUCCUGGGAGGACGACCAGGUGCCGAAGUUCCACUACGGAACCCAUUACUCCACCUCCUCCUUCACCCAGAUGUGGCUGCUGCGCAUCGAACCCUUCACCACCAUGUUCCUCAACUUCCAGGGAGGGAAGUUUGACCACGCUGACCGCACCUUCUCCUCCGUGUCCCGAGCCUGGAGGAACUCCCAGAGAGACACGUCCGACGUCAAGGAGUUGAUCCCAGAGUUCUACUACCUCCCUGAGAUGUUUGUAAAUGCCAACAACUACAACCUGGGGGUGAUGGGGGAUGGGACUGUGGUGUCUGACGUGAAGCUGCCGCCGUGGGCCAAGACCCCCGAGGAGUUUGUACGCAUCAACAGACUGGUACUUGAACACAGGUCUGUUACAUGUACACAACACUUCUGGCUCUCUGUACUGAUUGGACUCAGGGAGGGAGGGGGGGAGGCGACUUACAGUAGAGUGCAUACAUUUUAUUACAUUUUACAUACUGAGACAAUCUCUCUCUCUCUCUACCUCUCUCCCUCUCGCCAGGCUGUGGAGGCACAGAUCAGGAGUUUCGGACAGACCCCAUGUCAGCUGCUCAUCGAGCCACACCCACCAAGGAGCUCCGCCAUGCAGGUGUAUGUCCUCCUGCAGAGCCCGUUGAUGUUCACGGAGCAGAUGCAGCAGGAUGUGAUCAUGGUGUUGAAGUUCCCCAGCAACUCUCCCGUGGCCCACGUGGCCGCCAACACCCAGCCGGGCCUCGCCGCGCCCGCCAUCAUCACCGUCACCGCCAACCGCCUCUUCGCCGUCAACAAGUGGCACGGCCUGGCCGGUCAUCAAGGCUCCUCUGUGCAGGACCAGCAGUACCAACUGCCCGUGGAAAUAGACCCUCUGAUAGCCAGUAACGUGGGGACCCACCGUCGUCAGAUCACAGACCUGUUGGACCAGAGCAUUCACAUCCACUCUCAGUGUUUCAUCAUCACCGCAAACAACCGCUUCAUCCUGCUCUGUGGCUUCUGGGACAAGAGCUUCCGCGUCUAUUCCACUGACUCAGGGAAGCUGACCCAGAUAGUGUUUGGUCACCGUGACGUGGUGACGUGUCUGGCCAGGUCUGAGUCGUACAUCGGAGGGGACUGCUACGUCCUGUCAGGCUCCAGAGACGCCACGUUACUGCUCUGGUACUGGAACGGAAAACACAGCAGCAUUGGAGAGAACCCCGGAACUGAGUUUGUGACGCCCAGAGCCAUCCUGACGGGUCAUGACUGUGAGGUGACCUGCGCCAGUGUGUGUGCCGAGCUGGGACUUGUCAUCAGUGGCUGCAGAGAGGGCCCGUGUCUGAUCCAUUCCAUGAAUGGGGAUCUGCUGCGGACCCUGGAGGGUCCGGGGGGCUGCGUGCAGCCCCGUCUCAUCCAGUCCUCUACAGAGGGCCACGCCGUGGUCUACUACGACAAGGGACACUUCUGCUUCUUCUCCAUCAACGGAAAGCUGCUGGGACACAUGGAGGUGGAGGAGAACAUCAGGGCCAUGCUGCUGAGUCGGGACGGACAGUACCUGCUGACGGGGGGAGACGGGGGAGUUUUGUCUGUCUGGCAGGUUCACAACCUCAAACAGAUGUUCACCUACCCUGGCUGUGACGCAGGCAUCCGCUCCAUGGCCAUGUCCAACGACCAAAGGUGCAUCAUAACCGGCAUGGCGUCUGGUAGUAUAGUCCUGUUCUACAACGACUUCAACAGGUGGCACCACGAGUACCAGACCAGAUACUGAGGCAGGACCACACAACAACAACAAUCCCUCUGGUUAACGUGGGACCUACCUACUGCAAUCCUGUCGUUCCAUGUCCUAAGGCACUACUCAAUACAUAUUGAUAUUCUGAAUGUAUCUUAAGAGAAGAAAAACUGUCUGAUUCUGUCGAAAGAAGCAAAUUAUUUUUUUUAAAAGGGCAUUGCUAUAUUUUGUAGGGCAUAUCGAAAAUUUCAUAUAAUAUAUCUUAGGGUGGGGUUAUAUACCUAUGGUUACAAAUCUAUUUUUAGCUUGUUAAGAGUCUAUUUUCAUCUCGAGCAGAGGAAAAUAAGGGUUCAAAGUGGAAGUAGGUAGAAAAGUAUAUUUGCAUCUAUUGUCUUAAGAAUCCAUAUAUUUGUGUACGUUAGGGGUGAGUGAUUAUUUUCAAUAGGUGUGAAACGUGGAGAUAUAAUCAUUAUUUUGGUCAUUAAUAUCCAUUUUUUCAUGCUCUUUUUGCUACUGUGGAAACACAGGGAAAUAAAAUAUGUGAAGUUUGUGUGGUGAUCGAGCGGGAAGUUCAUUAAGUCUUUUAUGUGUUCAUGACUUGAGGGAAUAUAUUCUAUUUAAAUGUUUGUACCACACCUCUGUGUAAAUGGACAGAUCUUGCCUUCCUGUGCAUGAGUUAUUCCUCUGCUGUCCUGAUGUUGGCGUACACUGCACAAAGACUUGUCACCAGUUGUCAUAUGUGUAUCAGACAGACAUCAUAGUAACAAGAUGGCUGCCGGUGUGAUUAGUUUGUUUGUAUCCGAGUGUAGUCAUGACGAUCAUUAGCUUUAUGUAUGUACUGUAACCAUACUGAUGAAUAAUAUGUCUGUCAGUAGAAACAAAUGUCAGGGGCUAUGUCCUAAUUUUGUAAAAUGGCGUCCUUUCCUCAUCACCUAUCAGAACUUUACAUGUAGGAGACGGGACGAGGAAAGGAAGCCAUUCCAAAUUUCCCGACGUAGCCAUGAUGUGCUUCUUUGUAUAACUUCUUGUUAGCUUUACCUCCUCUACUGAGGCAUUUGCAGUACUUAAGCAUAUACUGUAUCAUAUUAGCGAUCGACACAGUGCCCAAACCAUGCUAGGAUCAUCAAAGUCCAUCGAAGUAUCUCAUCUUGGCAAAGAGAGUUGCAGCGAAAUGAGGGACUUGUCAGUCUGUCUGUGUGUCACGGUGAAUAUUCACUGGUUAAACCAGACCACAGACAACCCUGGUCCUGGUCAGCCAAAGGGUGUGCACUUUUUGGUUCAAGCCCAGCUUUAAAAUACCCGAUUCUACCUAAUUAUGGGCCUUCAGGUCAAAACUGAAUUGAAUCAGGUGUUUUGGUGCAGGGUUGGAACACCCGAUGUGGUUCCUCCAAUACAACGGUUGCUCAUAAGGAGAAACAUUCCGUGUUGGUGUGGUUACGAUUACAAUGAAAUGGCUACUACUGUAUUUUCUAUGUAUCGCUCAAUAUUUUGGCAAUCAAUUUGGAAUGAGUGUUUUUGACACGUGAUGAGUUCUGACAAAUAAAUUUGAAUUUUUUUUAACUUGA